CGACUCGAAGGCGCUGUGAGAACUCGCAAGUUCCGAAGCUGCUCCGCAAAAUUACUGUGCUUGUGCCCAGUUGACCUCCAUCGCGGUUCCCCACCUUGUCUGCCAUGUUGUCUCUUACGCGAAACACCUCGCCCUUUGUGCGGCUAACGUCUCUCGGUCGUGUGCCAAGAUCACCCAUGGGACAGCUACGACUGGCACACUCUGAACAUACCGUGCACAAGCAUCUGCCCUUCGACUACACAAACAAACGUGCCUUCGCCUUCAAGUACACGACCUUUUGUGUCACUGCAUUCUCUAUCCCAUUCAUUGCAGUGGGCUGGCAAUUGCGCAAGUACAGAGGCGCUGCAUAAAGAGAUCGUGGCGUACUGUGAAUGCGCACUUCGACAACGGCAUAGGGUGUAGCGUCCGUGCAAAUUGCACAUCUCUCUUACAUGUAUAGUAACAAUAUUCUCUCAUCUUUCAUGCAGCCUUGAAUAUAAGACUGUUAUAUUGAA